AUGCAAAUGAAAGUCGUUUUACAAUGGUUUUAUGAUUGGUGGAAAAAUUAUAAUCUAUUCAUGUUGGAAGAAAAUGACUACUAUGAAGAAAAUCAUUCAAAAGAUCCAGUCAUUGCCCUCAAACAUCAAAAAUAUACCACCCGACUAUACAUUCUUCUCCUUAUGGUUUCACUCUAUGUUUUGUUUUACAUUACCUUAAUGAAUCCACAUUCCCAAACGAUCACGGUUUAUGAAAUUGAUCCAAAUACUUUCACUAAACUUUAUUCGAAUAAUAAAGAAACGCUUUCAUGUCCAUGUUCAACAGUUACAAUACCUUACAAGAACUUUGUUUCAAAUAUAAUUACCUUUCAUUCAAUUUGUUCGAGUGUUUUUGUUAGCAAACCUUGGAUAGAAGCAUUAUACUUGAUCAAUGCAAGCGGCUACGGACCUUCGGACUUUCGGACAACAGCCCGAUCUCAAUUUCAACUUCUGGCCGAUCUGUGCUCAAUCUCGAAUGAUACAGUUUCUCAGAGUCAAAUUGAUUUCAAUAAUGAUGAAUACCUCACAAUUCAUCUUCAGUCUGUCGAACGACUCCAACUGGAAGUCAAUGCGACGCUCAAUCUCAUUAAGAACAGCAUCUCGACACAGAUUAUAUCAUUUCUGAAUUACCUUCGCGUCUAUUUUCGCGGAAACUAUAUAGUCUCAGCAUUGAAUACAAAUCUCGUCUUUGGAAGUGAUUAUCUCAAAAAUCAAUAUAACAUUCAUCAACUUCAGACACAAUUUACAGAAGAUACGACCAUUUUUGUUACGACACCUGAAACAUUAAUGUGUGGCACGCAAAACCCAGUCAGUCCGACAAGUUUCUCAUCAAGAUCCGGCGUGAUAGGAUUGUUUGUUAUGGCCGGGUGGUCAAGACCGUCAUCAAAUACGACGCUUGUCGAUGGAUUCUUCACUGGAUGCACUCCACUCGAAGCUCUCCUACCAAGUACACUCGAUUGUUUGUAUGAUAUUAAGUGCAUCGAAAUAUUGAUCAACUAUUUUCCAGAUCUCAACAAACUGAAUUUCAACUGGACAAAUGAAGUUUUGCCAGGCGAGCGACAGAACAUCACUGUGUAUGAUUAUUUGCGCGAUCUUUUCAUCAAAGAAUGGUCUACCGAAGUGAAUUAUCCGGAAUAUUUUGCCGAGUGCUUGCCAUCGUCAUGUUCUUACAUAACAACCGCUCGAACUAAUUUUCCUUAUGCGAUUACAAUGUUUAUUAGUUUGUACGGUGGUUUAAUAAUCAUUCUUCGUUUAAUUGCGCCAUUUCUUUUCGAAAUUUUUCUCAAAUUCAAACAAGUUGUCGAAGAUGAGAAUCUUUUUAUUUUAUGUCAUAAUAUUCAUCCAAAGAAGCUCUUUCAAUCAAUUCAGCAAGUCAAUCUUUACAAACAUAUCGAGAAAAGAUCGGAAGAGGAUAUCAGAAAACAGAGAUUGAUCACGCGAGUGUAUUUGAUUCUCUUAGCAGUUUCAUUCACCAUUCUUCUAAUCUUCACUUCUCUAAGUACAGAAAUCGUAACAAUAACCGAAUCGAAUCCGUCAUUACUGACUUACGAAGAAUUACAAAUCGUACAUACCAACACAUUGCAGUGUCCUUGUUCAACAACAACUAUACCUUAUGAAAACUUUCUAAGUCUAUCGCCAGUGUUGCAUCAAGUUUGCUCGAGCGACUGGGUUUCCGAUCGUUGGCUUUCCAUCUUGCAACGCGUCGUUGAUUACAACACAGAAGAUUGGCGAAACCGAGCAUACUUACAAUUUAAGCUACUAUCGAAUCUUUGCCAAUUAGCAAAGAAUACAAUCGACGAUGCUGUUCAUCAUUUUCUCUCUCAAUCAUUGAUUAUUGCCAGUGUUCUUUCGAAGAUAGAAUUUCACACCCAAUUGGACGCAACACUGAAUCAGUUUUCUCAAUCAACUAUCACUUCAUUUGGCUCUUUAGUUAACAUUGCCCGACUAUUCACCCAAGUCGAUCAAUUCUAUCUAGGAUCGAGAAAAAACAAUUGGGAUACAAUCCAAGAUCCAUUCUUAACAGGAGUUAUUCAACCGAAUAACCUCACAUUACAAGUUGUGUUUAGCUUACCAGGUACGCGUUAUGUAAAUUUGUCAUCAAUCAAUUGCAUUUGUGCAACGAAUUCCUCCUGCCAAACACCAGUAGCGGUUUAUCAAAUGGAUAGCGUUUGGAAUUCGCGUAUAUAUACGUAUAUUAGUUACAUCGCUCCUGGCUCGCUUGCUAGCUGUUCAACAUUCAGUUCUCUUCUAUUCUCACAGCUGUUUUGUUACUAUUCCGAUUCAAAUUGUUAUUCGAUUCUGAUGGCCUAUAUGAAAGACAGUUAUUAUCAAAAUGUGGAGUUUCCACAAUGGUACGAAGCCAAUCCGCUUAUUUAUUAUCCAAAUGCAAGUCGUUAUCCGCCUAACACAUCAAUUUCAACAAUAGUUGAACAAAUUAUGAUCGAACAGUGGAAUCCAUCUUAUUCUUAUAAGUACUUUUACGACUUGUGUGCACCGAAAUAUUGCACUUAUUCUCAACGAAUGCGCACAAAAACGAUCGUGGAAGUGGUGAUCAUUCUCAUUUCGAUGAUCGGUGGUCUGACUUUUGCAUUACAAAUUUUCGCACCAAUAUUGGUGAAUGGUAUACAUAAAUUAUUUAGACAAAUUUUUCACAAGCAACAGCAUCAACAACAAUUCGCUUGUCGAAUGAGCUGCAGUCAUUUGAAAAGAAUUAGUAAAGAAGUGUUCUCCUUUAUAUAUAAAACUGUCAUUCAGUUAAAUGUGUUUUCCAUACGAGAUUUUGGUAGUCAUACUGAUCGAGCGACAGCGAAACAUCUUGGCAAAUGGGCAACGCGUCUCUACUUUGUUCUUUUGAUCCUUGGUCUUACUAUUCUCACAUUGUAUACUAUUAUUCAACCUCAAACUGUAACAAUUACAUUCGAUAAACCCUCGUUUGAGAGUUAUACACAGUUGGAACAAAAGUAUGGAGAGAAAUUUAAAUGUACAUGUUCGAAAAUUGCAACAAAAUACAGUGAAUUUACUAAGAUUAAUGCAGAGUUUCAUAAAAUUUGCACAAGUUCAAUGACAUCCGAUCAAUGGCGGAAUGAAAUUACCAAUGGUCUUGUUUCAAAUUUAUCGAUUUACGGACAACGAGAUUAUCGUCGUUUUCUAUCAGCUCAUUUACAAUAUCUUCAAGGUUUGUGUCAACUUUCCAAUCAAUCGAUUCAGAGUACAAUUGAACAAUUUCUCACGUCGUUGUUCAUAACAACUGAACUUUUAACAGAAAAUGACUUUCACUCACGUCUGAAUUUAUCAAUCAAACAAAAGAAAUCGACCGCUUCGAAAUCAUUGACACGUCUUUUCUUCCUGAUUCGAAGUGUUAAUCAUGGCAAUGCAUUCGUUUCCAGUUAUGGCACAAAUUUCGAGUAUCUCUCCACCUGGUUCACAUCGAGUGUCUUCGUUCCAUUUAUUCCGAGUCGAGCGAUUAUCUAUGAUGGCAACUGUUCAUGUGGAUUGUAUUCCAAUUGUACUACUCAAGCUAAUUUUAUUGAUGAACAAAAUGUGUCUGCUGCAGUUCCGAUCAAAGGCUUAAAAAUGGGUUGUUUACCAAGUGAAUCUCUCCGUUCGUCCACACUCGAAUGUUUCUAUGAUCAAUCGUGUCUGAAUCUAGUUCGAAACUAUACGAAUGCAACAAAAUCAAUCAACUCAUCAGCACCGCUAUCAAUAGCAGAGAGUCGAUUUUUCAUCAACACCACUGUCGCUGAACUUAUGGACGAACUAUUUGUUGAACAGUGGGCAACAACGAUUAAUUAUUCAUUGUAUUUCGAGCAAUGUUUGCCUUUAUUGUGUUCAUAUACUUAUAAUCAACCAUUCAGUGUACUCUACACUAUUACUCUUAUACUUGGUCUUCAAGGUGGUCUCUCCAUCGUUUUGGAAUGGAUCUGUCCAAAAAUAGUUCGUAUCAUCAGAAAGAAAUACUCGCAAACUAUUCAUCCGACAGCUUCGACAGAUACACAAUCAACGAGUACUUCAUUCGAAACUAUCAGUGUUCAACGAUCAAACCGAUCGUAUAUGAGUGUAAUUUUAAUAUGUCUGAUGGUUAUGAUCACAAUCGUUUGUCUUACACUUUUUUCGAUUUAUAUCCUUCGAUCGAAGAAGACGACAACUAAUUCAGAUGAACUUUCAUCGUCUACAAUGACUAUCAUCGACAAAAGUACCACGGUGACAAGUACAAUGACCACAACAACAACUUCGACGACACAUGUGCCCAUGUGUCAAUUGCAGUUUCAAAUAGCAGCUCGCUAUAAUAGUACUUCGAAUGCUGGACUUAAGUCUCCUGUUAUCGCUGAUCUGAAUGGAGAUAAUCUAGUUGACAUUGCUUUUUUCAAUUAUAAAACCAGCAGCAUUCAUGUUUUGCUCGGGGACGGUCGUGGAUUCUAUACAAACGAAAUGAAAACUUUCGUAGCGACAUUUAGCACAUGGUAUUUUGGUUUAGCAGUAGGCGACUUUAACAAUGAUAAAAUACCUGAUGUCGUAAUGACUAGUGAAAGUCUAGCUUACAUAUACAUGAUGUUUGGUAAUGGCAAUGGAACAUUUCGAUCGUUAGCGAAGUUUUAUAUGGGAAACAGUACGAAUUUACGAGGUAUUAUUGUUUAUGAUUUUAAUGGUGAUAAUAACAGUGAUAUAGCUGUGUCUGCUCCAUCGUUUAACAUGCUCAUUGUUUUAUUAGGAAAUGGAGAUGGAUCGUUUCGAAACAGGACAACAUACUACACCGGGCUUAAUGCAAAUCCAUCAACUGUGGAUCAAGCUGAUUUUAAUGGUGACGGUCAUCAAGAUAUUAGUUAUAAUACGAUUAAUAACCGAGGUCUUGGUGUGUUGCUCGGUAGAGGUGACGGAACAUUUGAACCGCAAAGGACCUCAUUCGUUGGUGGCAAUUAUUAUCCAUCGUACAUUGCAAUUGGUGAUUUCAAUCGAGAUAAUCAUUCGGACGCUGUUAUUUCCUAUAGCGGUGGUAAACGAAUUGGUGUCCUAUUAGGCUAUGGUAACGGGACGAUGGGUCCGGUGGAAAAAUAUAUCGUAGGAAAUAAAACAUAUUAUACACGGCCUGCUACUGGUGAUUUCAAUAACGAUGGUAUAUCAGAUAUAGCUGUCAAUCCGAUUUACCGGUCUGUUAUCUAUAUUCUAGUUGGAUAUGGUGAUGGGAAUUUCGAUACACAAAUGAUCUUUUCGACAGGAUUAACUGGUAGCUAUACUUGGAUCGUUGUUGGUGAUUUUAACAACGAUGAUUGUCAAGAUAUACUCGCUUCAGAUGACACUGCUGGUGCCAUGUUCGUUCUAUUGAAUACCUGUGCAUGCCAUUGA